AUGGCAGAUCUGGCCGACGUUAAACCAAAAAGAAAAGCAGCAGGUGCUCGCAUGCCAGAGAUUAUUGAGGCUUUGCUAAAACAAUCCCCCAAAACGCCGUCGUCGAGUUUGCCACAUCCGUCUUCGCCUAGUGUGAGUAUGACUGUCGCCGGUCGCGAGCCGAACAUGAAGUCAGAAGAUUUGGAAAAAGAGUGUGAUGUAUUGGAAACAGAGCUUAGAAGACUUCAACUACAGACUAAACGUAACAAAUUAAGGGCCGAAAUAGGCGCUCUUGAACGGAAUUUGCCUGAUUCUCAUCGGGGUGGUUCAGUGCAGCAGCGGGGCCACGUGGAACAACAUGGCGGACAUAUCGACGUUGGUCAGCCAGAAGUAGCGACGGCGGGAGCCCACAUCGGCAACAGCCAAGGCCCCUACGCCAGAUGGAUCCUCGCGGCUGAUUACCUAACGAGUAAUCUCUCGCAUGGUCACGUGGUCACUGCAGCAACCCUAGAUGAGGCUGUUCAGUUAGCUGUGGAGUUGGAGGCUUUACAACAUGCUGAAAUUCAACGUCAGGGAGGGCGUAAGCUUGCCAGGGUGAUAGAGGAUACUAGAAACGAGGAUUUAAGGUCUCAGGUGUCUGACUUGACAAAGGCAGUGGCAAAUCUCACUCAGAGAGUAACUCAGGAGAGUGAGGACGAGGGAAAGAGAACCAGAAGCUCCUCCUCCUCGUCCUCAUCCUCAACAUCUUCCUCAUCCUCGUCUUCAUCAUCCUCAUCAGGAAAUUUUAAAAAACAAAAGAAGGAGAAUGAGGAGGAGAAAGAAGAGAGGGGAGCAAACAAGAGGAGAGUGGAAGAAGAGGAGGCGAAGGAAGACAGAAAAAUAAGAGCAGAGAUAGAAGGGCAAGAAGGAGAAAGGAGAGCAGAGAGAAGGAGAAAGAGCAGAGGGAGGAGGAUGAAGAGGAGCAGAGGGAGGAGAAAAAGAAGAAAGCAGGAAAGGCAGAGAGAAAAGGAGAAAGAAGAGUGA